UAAACCCAUUGAUUUCUCCACAGCUCUCCCAGCUUGGUCAGAAAUAGGAGGAGCAUUGAAGUCCAGUUAUCCACCCUUCUCGAAACUGAAAUCAAGAUCUUUUCUGUUGUAUUCCAUUAAAACCCCUCUAACUUCAGAAUCACUCAUAUUCCAUGUACUUUAUACUGUUUUCCUAUACUAUUUAAUUCAAUACUAAAGGUUCCCAACAAUAAAGUCUUACGCACCAAUUGCACUUUGUUUUCUUUCUAUGAGUACUUUGGGUCAUCAGCAUAUGAUUUAGACAUCUUAUGCCUCAUCAUGGGCUUAUUGACGUCGGGUGAGUUCAAGAGUAGAGGUAAAUGCCUUAAGUGGUUUGGUGACUGACGAGAACUGUCCCAAAAAUCUCAGUCUCUAAAGUCUUUAACAAGAUAAGGAAAUUACACUUAGUCUUGUUCAACACUGGUGCUCUAUUACAGUUCAGAUGUUUGCUUAAGUGUAGAUUGAGGGUAUUCGGUCUAGUCUGCUAGAUCUUCCACCAAUGAAGAGAGCAAGACUGUGAACCCUAGCAAACGUCGCCCUGAGAUGAGUCCAACCUAACGAUUUUCAUUGAAGAUGGACAUCCACAAUAUUCUUCCCUCAAAUGUCACCGUCUACCGAGUGCCGGAUGGAAAAGAAACGGCUAUUGGUGUCUAUUUGGUGAUACUAGGAUGGCUUUCUUGGAUUGGAAAUGGGGUUGUAAUAUUGCUUUUAAUCAAGCAAAGAAAGUCUCUCGAACCACAGGAUUUCUUGACUCUCAAACUUGCAGUUUCUGAUGCCAGCAUUGCUAUUUUUGGUUAUUCUCGUGGAAUCCUUGAGGUUUUUGAUGUGCUCAGAGAUGACGGCUAUCUUAUAAAGACAUUUUGGACUUGCAAGAUGGACGGAUUCCUAAUCCUGCUCUUCGGACUCAUCAGCAUCAACACACUGACAGCCAUCAGUGUCAUCCGCUACAUCAAAGGUUGCCAGCCUCAGCAUGCUCAUCACGUCAGCAAGCGUAAUAUCUGCUUGGUCAUAACUGCUAUCUGGCUGUGCUCUCUGUUCUGGGCUGGGGCAAGAUCACUGAAGUUCAUUUCUUCUGCAGCUCAUGGGUAUGGCACGUGCGAAAUCGACUGGACACAAGCGCUGUACUCAGUUCUGGUCAAGCUCUACGUCAUCAGCAUUUUCUUCUUCAACUUCUUUGUGCCACUGUUUGUCAUAGUUUUUACAUAUGUGUCCAUCAUCCGCACAGUCAACUCCAGCCACAAGUCCAGUCGGGGAGGAGAUAUCAGCGAGAGGCAGAGAAAGAUUGAACGUAGCAUCACACGGGUCUCCCUCAUUCUGUGUGCUGCCUUCCUGUUGGCCUGGUCCCCGUAUGCAGUCAUUUCCAUGUGGUCGGCCUGGGGUUACCAAAUGCCCCCACUCAACAGCAUCCUGGCCAGCCUCUUUGCCAAGUCAGCGAGUUUCUACAAUCCGUUUAUCUACAUUGGCAUGAGCUCUAAGUUCCGGAAGGACCUGCAGGCUCUGUUCUACUGCCUCAGACCCACAUCAGCGCACAGGCACACCCCUCCUGUGCCAUUGGCCCGGGCUGGUGAUGUGCAGCUUGACGUCAACGGCUUUAAGGAGGAUGAGCCAGUGGACCAUAAUGCAAGUGAAAACAUACAGGAGGGAAAGGCAGAGAGUUCUCCUGAAUCAGAAAGCCAGCUUAGGCCCUUACCAGAGUCCAGCAGGAGUGUCAGUCCUCAUGGAUUAAUGAGGAAACUCAGCGACUCUGGAAGACUUUAGUUGUCUUUUAUGUUAGUUUAUGCCCUCUGAAUGUUUAUAUAAGAUGAUGAGAAUAAUAUUAGGAUAAUACAGUACAUUAACUGUCUCUAUUAUCUUAAUUUCACAACAAAUAGCUACAGAAUGGGACACUCCAGGCUACUAGUGAGUCACGUUGUCUACAAAUGCUUCAUGUUGAGCGUGAGGUCAUUGUGUGAAUCCAAUAAAUUCGAGGUUAAAGGUUUUAUGUCACUUCAUCUCUGUCUCUGAGGCUUGUAAAGUGUUGACACAUUUAAUGGCACGUCUGUAUUACAUCCUUCCCAAUUUAGGGUUGUUGAAGAUUCUUCUCCC